UAGAUUAGGAUCAAUUCAGUUUAAUUUAGAGGUAACAUGACCUUACAAAGCCUACAGUGAGCUCUUAAGAGCAUAGGGGAAAAAAGUGAAAAUGAAUAUAAGAAAUUAAUAUUCUUCUGUAGAAUUUAAUUAAAUAAAUCAUGUGAAAAUAACAAAAGAAUGUAACAUUUUGUAACAAGUGACAUCAACUUAUUACAUGCGAAGUGAGAUAUCAAGCUUUUUAUUUAAUAUAAUUUUGAUACUCUGGUUGCAACUUUUCUCUGACUACAAUUGAACAUUCACCUAGUGAAUAUUAGGACUGCUUACUGUAGUAAACUGCUUUUAAUCACAAAUUUAGUCGCUGCUCGGUGACAUUCGUCUAGCCCAGACGUGAACUGGGGAGAGUACUGGCCGUCUCGGAGCCAGUCAGAAUCUGUUUCUGGUCAUGCUCAUCAAAAUGAGAAGGCAUUCAUUUCAAUUGAGCAAUUCAUAGCGUUAACAUGAUAGGCGGCUUGUAUUCAGAUGACGUGCUAGCAUUACUGCUGCUGGGAUGAGAUCGGAGCGGUUCAAACGUGACUUUCGUGUAUAAUUAUUGCAUGCUGUGUGUUCAAAUGUGUAAGUAUAUUGCUCGCAUGUCCUCCUAAAUUAACUAACAGCCUUAUAAUUAUUAUAAAUAGCGCCGUUGCCAUCUUUUCUCGUAAAAUGUUAGUGUUUGUUCCGACCGGGCGCGGCCAAUUUGCGAUCUGACGUCACAACACACGUUGUGUAAUGACGUCAUCCCCACCCGGAAAAAUUCUUAAGGGAACCGUUUGAAAAAAUGCCAAGGAAUUCCAAGGAAUUGGUCAGUGGCGGGCCGUGCGUUUCUCACCUAGGCCUUCAGUGAUGUCCAACUUAGUCCGACUUCACCUCUCAAAAUACCGUCAUUUAUGACACCACAUGGACACGGCUGGAGAUACUAUACAGAAACACACUUGCACACUACUCUGCAUUGAAUCCCCUCAACAGUGUACAAAACGGUCUACUUUUCAGCGGAUUUAACAUUCAAUAAACCCGCUUCAGCAAUUAAAACACAUCUUUCGUGGUACUGUCAAAAUUAACAGAAUUGUACAAAACAAAUGAAACAUGAAAAAAUAAAAAAAUACAAUAUUUGAUCACACAAUUUGUAGCACCCAUUCGGCGCUGUAUAUGCCAGUGGUACUGCUCGUAUUCGGUUGAUUCGUGUGAAAGUGGCAAGCAAACCAUUUCACCACCGGGAUAUCUUCCGGUGUCGACCGACCUCGUCUCACAAGAUCUAGUUUCUCUUAAGUAUCCUUCUUGAAAAUGGCCUUGCAAAUAUAAAUCUGCCACCUAAUCAACAUUUUGCUCUCCGUGAGUACCGGUGAGUUUUCUGUGGCUUUCUAUGGCUCCGGUGCCACUUACUGUUUUCGCAACUUGUGUUUGAAUACUCACUUGGGACUCCCAAGUGAGUAUCCAAUCACAACGUGAGGCCAUCUAGAAGGCCUUACUGACAACAACUUGCGAUCUGAUUGGCUAUCGCAAUUGUCUAUCAACUCUAUGUGUCCGUUCACUUACAGUGCACAGACGCCUGCAUUGUUGAUUCUGAAGGCCCCGGGCAGAUUUCAUACAGCAUGGCAACAUAAGCUAGCUGAAUUGUGAUUAGAUAAAAACGCUAACCUAAAAACAACAGCACUGGAAUGAACAUAAUAUGACAUGAAUAUGACAUGAAUUUAGGGAAAGUAAAUUAAAAAUUACUUUUAUCUUUAAUUAUGAUCAUGAUUUCUGGUUUUAUUAGGCCAGCAGGGAAGGCCUUGCUGGCCCUGACGGCCCACCACUGGACUUGAUACACUAGAAACCGGUUCUGAACAAAAAACGGUUUUCGAUUCCCAUCCCUCAGUGGAAUAUUACUGCCAAAUGUUUAAAGUCGUUUUUAUUAUUGCACAUCGUUGUUUUUUUGCAGAACAUUGUUUUUUUACCCGCAGAAAAUUCCUUUUUACUUGUGUAUUGUUUUUUUGUGUGUUUUUUUUUAGAUUUUUUUUUUUUAAUUGGACGUGAGUGAAAAUAUUUUUGUGUGUUUUCACUCUUAACCAGCAAGUGUCACUGUUGCUGUCAAUAUUAAGACUUUUGGAACGAUGAAGUGUGUUGAUGGUGUGCCCUCUUCUUCUCCAUCUCCAGAUGCUUCCUCGUCCCCCUCCUGCUAGAAGGGAGCAACUUAAUGAGGUCACACUAAACCAACCCAGUGAGCCUGUUUGUCUUGGAGGGUGCAACAACUUUUUUAGUACGUGAAUAGAAGCUCUCAGGCGACAGGAACAGUCCCCGCCUUAUUCCCCGUGCCAGCAUGGAAAGUGCAGCUGAGAAAACACGGCUGGAAAUAAGUAGCUCUAAUCAGUUCUGGAUGUCUUCAAGGGAACAAGAAGAACCAAGGCCUUUAAUUUCAGGUCGCAUGAGCUCAUCACACAAAAGGAAAAAGGAGCGUGAGAAUCCGGGCCAGAACCGAACCAGAUGUGCUUCAUGACACGGACCACCUACAUCUUGAGCUCCAGACUCCGGUCAUGCAGUCCCUCGCCGAGGAGAUCCAGAGUUUCUCUCGCACGCGUCUGAAGAGGCAGUGCACCCGUGUGACAUCGCUGAGCGGCCGCCGCAUCAUCGAGACCUGGAAAGGCUCGAUGAUGACGGUGGUGGACGACCCGGCCGCACCGGAGAAGAUGCUGGGGUACGUCCCGGACGCCUCGUGGGACCUCCAGGUGGGCGUGGUCAAGCCCUACCUGCUGCUAGGUUCUCAGGACGCUGCGCAUGACUUCAGCACCUUGAGGAAACACAAGGUGUCGCACAUCCUCAACGUGGCAUUUGGCGUGGAGAACGUCUUCCCCGACCUGUUCGUCUACAAGACGGUCAGCAUCCUGGACCAGCCCGACACCGACCUGGUGCCGCACCUUCAGGAAUGUUGUGACUUCAUCCUGCAGGCUCGGGCAGAGAAAGGCGUGGUCUUGGUCCACUGCAACACCGGCAUCUCUCGGGCUCCGGCGGCAGUCAUCGGCUACCUGAUGUCAUGUGACGACCGGUCCUUCGACGACGCCCUCUCCGUUGUUGCGGCGGCCCGGCCUGCCACCUGCCCCAACCCCGGCUUUUUGAACCAGCUGAGGAAGUACCAGGCAGAAAAGACGGCUACCAGCAAACACUGAAAACGCUCCAGAAGACGAAGGGAAGAAUUUGCUCUUUUUACGAUGUAAAUGUGUUUGGCACACAGCAGCACCCUCUAGUGGAAGGAGUCCCAAUGAGCAAAGAGAGAAAUCAAGGAGUAGAAAACUUUACCGCAAGAGGCCGCUGUUUCUCUCCGUGAAAGAGUCGUUUUGAAUUGAAUUAUGCAAAUUAUUUGUGAGUUUUUAAAAAUGUAAGUGUUUUUUAGCUGGUGUGUCGCUAAAAAUUACGUAUUUUUGUUUUUUGUUAGCACACAGCAGCACCCUCUGGUGGAAGGAGUCCCAAUGAGCAAAGAGAGAAAUCAAAGAGUAGCAAACUUUACCACAAGAGGCCGCUGUUUCUCUCUGUGAAAGAGUCGUUUUGAAUUGAAUUAUGCAGUUUUUAAAAAUUGAAGUGUUUUUUAGCUGGUGUGUCGCUAAUAAUGAUGUAGUUUGUGUUUUGUUAGCACACAGCAGCACCUGCUAGUGCAGGGGUGUCAAACGUACGGCCCGCGAGCCAGAACAGGACCGCGAACAGGUUUUAUCCGGCCCGCGGAAUGAGUUUGCUAAGUAUGAAAAUGAGCAGAGCAUUUUUGAAUGAAAGAAACUGCUGUUUUAAAUGUGUCCACUAGAUGUCGCAAUAGCAAUUAUUUGUAUCUUUGUAAAUGAUGCUACAUAUGUAAAAAAAACACAUGAUGUUAGUGCACGAUUCAAGGAAAAUGAGCAAACUACAUAAAUAACAUUCUGUAAUUUGGGUUUGAUAUUUUUUUAUCAUUAUAGAUUGAAAAUUAACACCAAUGAGUAGUGUGUGAAUGUGAGUGUGAAUGUUGUCUAUCUAUUUGUGUUGGCGCUGUGAUGAGGUGGCAACUUGUCCAAAUGCAGCUGAGAUAGGCUCCAGCACCCCCUGCGACCCCAAAAGGGACACGCGGUAGAAAAUGGAUGGAUGGAGUUGACUGAUGAACAUCAUCACAUAAUUUAUUCAGAAAGUAUAAAUAACAACAAAUAAAGGUAGAAUACUAUUAACCGUAACAUGUACCGUAUUUUUCGGACUAUAAGUCGGUCCGGAGUAUAAGUCGCACCGCCCGAAAAUGCAUAAUAAAGAAGAAAUAAAACAUAUAAGUUGCACUGGAGUAUAAGUUGCAUCUUUGGGGGAGAUUUAUUUGAUAAAACUCAACACCAAGAAUAGACAUUUGAAAGGCAAUUUAAAAUAAAUAAAGAAUAGUGAACAACAGGCUGAAUAAGUGUACGUUAUAUGACGCAUAAAUAACCAACUGAGAACGUACCUGGUAUGUUAACGUGACAUAUGGUAAGAGUCAUUCAAAUAACUAUAACAUAUAGAACAUGCUAUACGUGCUAAAUCCGAUGAAAUCUUAUACGUCUAGUCUCUUACGUGAAUGAGCUAAAUAAUAUUAUUUGAUAUUUUACGCUAAUGUGUUAAUAAUUUCACACAUAAGUCGCUCCUGAGUAUAAGUCGCACCCCCGGCCAAACUAUGAAAAAAACUGCGAUUUAUAGUCCGAAAAAUACGGUAAGUGUAAAAAAACAAAAAAAACAUUAUGAUUUGUAAAUUUUCAGAAUGUGCUUGUUCUUUUUUUAAACAAAGGAAACAAUCUGAAGUUGUCUUUAUUUUUAAGUUAUCGUGCCGUGAUUUUACCAGCCCACUUGGGAUUAGAUUUUGCUCCAUGUGGCCCCCGAUCUAAAAUGAGUUUGACACCCCUGUUCUAGUGGAAGGAGUCCCAAUGAGCAAAGGAAGAAAUCAAGGAGUAGCAAACUUUACCACAAGAGGCCGCGUUUCUCUCUGUGAAAGAGUCGUUUUGAAUAGAAUUAUGCAAAUUCUUCCUGCAGUUUUUAAAAAAUGUAAGUGUUUUUUAGCUGGUGUGUCGCCAAUAAUAACGUGUUUUUGUGUUUUGUUGCUGUCAGUUUGUGCAUCUUUUGUGUGUUUUCCUUGGCAAAGCGAUGAAUGAAAUAAAUACAGCAGCUAUGCUUGUCUACAUGUCAAACCUCCAAAAAAAUGGCGUUCUAGAGAUUUUUGUUCACAUCCAUGAUGACCCGAAAUAUAUGAGAGGAGAAGUUAUGACAAACUGCAGAAAGACAACAUUACUGUCCAAAUACUUCUGCUCCUAACUCUCCAUCCCAUAAUAUGACCCAGACCACAGGUCCUUCUCCUCCCACUCGACAGGCUGCGAUGCGCUCAGACCGCCAAGGGCGUCACGAGUGCAGGAUGUCCGCCCCUGCGCGGAGGUGACUUGAACCUCCGCUUGACCAUGGGGUCCUUCUGCUCCAGCCUGGACACCAAGGUUCUUGUCGUGAUGACCGCCACGCCACGCCGCGGGUCGCCGCCCCGGCCAGCGAGAACAGGUGACCUUCAGCCAGCAGCAGCUGACGGCCCGACGCUGCGUUCAGUCAAGAGCAAACGCAGCACGGGGAGGCGUGUCCACGGAUCGACCAAUCAGAUCAAGACGAGGUGGGAUUUUUUUUUUUUUAAACAAGCGAAAGGACCAGAACGGCUCUUAACUUGUAUGACUGAAUGAUAACCUUGUGUUGUCACAGU